UUUGUGCAGCCACUGCCUGAAGAGGAAGUGACGGUUCGACACGAUCAGGACCCCAGGGAAACCUACCUGGAGUAUCUCUUCAUGCCUGGCCGGUUCACAAAUGCAGCUAUCCAGAAGGCUUUACAGAUCUUUUCUCAAGGAACUGAGAGACACAUGGAUCUGACGUGGGAUGAGUUAAAAAAAGAGGUUACCUUAGCCGUGGAAAGCGAGUUCCAGGGCAGCGUGACAGAAUACGAGUGCUCGCUGGAGGAGUUUUGGCAGCUGCAGGUGGAGUUCUGGUCCAAGUUCUAUGCCUGCUGCCUUCAGUACCAAGAAGCGCUCUCACGGCCCCUGGCCCUGCACUUGAAUCCCUACACCAACAUGGUGUGCCUGCUGAAGAAGGGCUCCCUGUCUUUCCUCGUGCCCUGCUCCUUGGUGGACCAUCUCUAUCUCCUCUCUAACGAGCACCUCCUGACUGAGGACGACGCUGCCAUCUUUGAUGAUUUGGAGAUGUCUCGUGAUGUUGUCUGUCUUGUCCAGUGCCUUCGACUGAUCGGAGAAUCAAUUUCCAUGGAAAUGGCAUUCAUAAUGGAAAUGGCUUGCUCCCGCCUCCAGCCUCCAGAAAAGGCUGCAGAGCAGAUCCUGGAGGACUUGAUAGCUAAUGACACGGAAAAUGUGAUGGAAGAUAUACACAGCAAACUGCAGGAGAUCAGAAACCCCAUCCAUGCCAUCGGAGUGCUCAUCCGAGAAAUGGACUACGAGACGGAUGCUGACAUGGAAAGAGCUCAUCAUCUAAAUAUGCGCAUGAACCUCACCCAGCUGUAUGGUAGCGGUACCGCUGUCAACGUGGUUUGCUGGGGGGUAUGUAAGAUUGCCACGAUCCGUUUCCUGAUCUGUCGGGACCUGUUGAUCCUCCAACAGCUGUUGCUGCGGCUUGGAGAUCCUAUGGUUUUGGGAGGGGGACAGCUGUUCCAGUCUCAGCAGGACCUGCUGCACCGCACCUCUCCCCUGCUGCUGUCCUACUACCUGAUCAGGUGGGCGAGCCAGUGCCUGGCGUCGGACGUCCCUGUCGACACGCUGGAGUCUAAUCUGCAGCAUCUAUCUGUGUUGGAGUUAGCGGACACCACUACUCUAACGCCCUAUAAACUAGUAUCCGGCCCUCAAACAAUUGUGGAGCUGUUCUUUCAGGAAGUGGCCAGAAAGCACAUCAUAUCUCGACUCUUCUUGCAACCCAACACCUCUUUGGCUGAAACAAGUUUGAACUGGCCCCAUCUCAUUACCGCAAUAGUGGCUGACUUUCUGCCGCUCCUAUGGCCCAGCAAUCCCGGCUUCCUCUUCCCCGAGUGCCUGAUGGGGAGCUGUCAGUACACCCAGCUGCAGGAAUACAUUCGCCUGCUGCAGCCGUGGUGCCACGUGAACAUGGGCUCCUGCUGCUUCAUGAUGGGCAGGUGCUACCUCGUCAUGGGUGAGGGGCACAAGGCUUUGGACUGUUUCUGCCAAGCUGCGUCAGAGGUGGGAAGAGAAGAGUUCUUGGACAGGCUGAUCCAACCUGAGGAGGGUGAGAUGGUCUCCACUCCCCGCCUGCAGUACUACAACAAGGUUCUGCGCUUGUUGGACAUGGUGGGUUUACCAGAGCUGGUCAUCCAGCUGGCUACCCUGGCUAUCAUGGAAUCGGCGGAUGACUGGAGAAGCCAGGCUACUUUGAGGACUUGCAUCUUCAAACAUCACUUGGAUUUAGGACACAACAGUGAAGCAUAUGUAGCCUUAACGCAAAACCCAGAUCCCAGCAGGCAGCUGGACUGUCUGCGCCAGCUAGUGGUGGUUCUCUGUGAGCGCUCCCAGCUCCAGGACCUGGUGGAGUUCCCCUAUGUGAACCUCCAUAACGAGGUCGUGGGGAUCAUCGAAUCUCAUGCUCGGGCGGUGGAUCUGAUGACCCACAAUUACUACGAGCUGCUCUACGCUUUCCACAUUUACCGCCACAACUACCGCAAGGCUGGAACAGUGAUGUUUGAAUACGGCAUGCGCCUGGGCAGGGAGGUGCGGACGCUCCGAGGGCUCCAGAAACAGGGAAACUGUUUCCUCGCUGCUAUUAACUGCUUACGGUUGAUCCGCCCAGAGUACGCCUGGAUAGUGCAGCCAGCUUCUGGAGCUGUGUACGAACGCCCUGGAGCAUCCCCGAAGAGAAGCCACGACGGGGAGUGCACGGCUGUUCCAACAACUCGCCAAAUCGAGAUCCUGGAGCUGGAGGAUUUGGAGAAGGAAUGCGUGUUGGCCCGGAUCCGGUUGACUCUGGUGCAGCAUGACCUGUCAACAGCGGCUGUGGCAGGCAACUCUACGCCUGAAGAAACGGUUGCUCUCCUGGUCCGGGCCGGCCUUUUUGACACCGCCAUCACUCUGUGCCAAACGUUCAAGCUGCCCUUGACGCCCAUCUUUGAGGGACUCACUUUCAAGUGCAUCAAGCUGCAGCUGGGAGGGGAGGCAGCGCAGGCAGAGGCCUGGGACUGGCUAGCAGCAAACCAGCUCUCCGCCCUGGUUACCACCAAGGAGUCCAGCGCCACAGAUGAAGCCUGGCGGCUGCUGUCGUCCUAUUUGGAGCGUUACCCGUCCCAGAACAGCCUGUACCAUCGCUGCGUCAUCAACAAGCUCUUGGCGCAUGGGAUACCUCUGCCCAACUGGCUCAUUAACAGCUACAAGAAAGUGGACGCUGCCGAGCUGCUGCGUCUCUAUCUGAAUUAUGAUCUGCUGGAAGAAGCUGUGGAUUUGGUCCUGGAGUAUGUAGACGCUGUGCUGGGCAAAGGGCACCGGUAUUUUGGAAUCGAGUUCCCGCUGUCCGCCACGGCCCCCAUGGUGUGGCUGCCCUACACCGCCAUCGACCAGCUGCUCCAGGCGCUGCGGGAGAGCACCACCAACCAUUACAACGUUGUGCUCUAUGAGAAGCUGCAUGACAAGAUGGAGGACUACCAGCAGAAAGUCAGCGUGGCUACGCGGGAUCGCCUGUACCGUCGCAACUAGUGGGCAACUAGUCGCCCGCCCGGCCUCGGCCACCGCCCGCAGGCCCCCGGCUCUGGCUCAGGACAGCACCCGCUCAAGGUGACGUCCCCGGGAGCUGACGCCGUCCCACCCCGCGCUGGCUCAGCCGCUGGUGCUCUUUUUACUCGUUUUUUUGCCGUAAGGGUCCAGUUUGAGGAGGUGGAGCGCACCUUCAGCGUGUCACCUCGCCGUCCCUGUCCCCUCUGGGGGGGGGGAGUGAUCGGUGAUUAGCAGAGCUCUGGGGUGCAACCAUCGCCAGGGCAGCCCCCUCGCUCUCAUCCUGUACCAUACGUGGCAAGUUUCGGCGUUUCUUUUAUUUAUUGUUGUGUUUUUGGAUGAACUUUAAUAAAAUCAAAGCGUUAUUACA